UCUCUCUCUCUCUCUCUCUCUCUCUCUCUCUCUCUCUCUCUCUCUCACACGCCUCUACAGGCUGCAACCCAACCCCUUAGUGUGCACCUGCCCUACCUGCUCACAGUCACCAACCAACCAGCCAACCAAACCCGAGCGAGACAUGCAGGCUGUCUCACACACUUUAUCCACCACACACUCUGCAUGCCUACAGCACAGCUCCACAGCACACGUCUACCUGUCUCCAUGCCUGUCAGUAGGAAGUUCUCACCUCCACGCCAGACUCAUCAAGUCACACCACCUUUAUCCUUGCUUUUCCUGAAUAAGUACCCCAACUCACUCGUACGGGAUGGUUCCGGACCUGGUUGGGGUUCUCCAGCCCCCAAACCCGGGUUGAGGGCUAAAGUGAAGGGUCAGAGGAAAGCACAUUCUCCCCGGCCUCAGGAUUCAGCGGAGGGAGAGAAGGAAGCUGCACCCAGAGCCAGAAAGAAAAGCUACAAACCUCCAGAUGUAAGGACCAUCUUUGAGGCGCGAACCAAAGACCCCCGGGUUAAAGAGGAGAAAGGAGAAGGACACACCUUUUUGAACUGCACAUUAUUGGAGUGGUGUGAUGUGUGCUUCAAAAACAUCAUCCAGGAUGGUCUGGUGUGUGCAGGUUGUAAGUACACGUGUCACGCUCACUGUCGAGACCUGGUCACACUCGACUGCCAGCAGAACGGAUCCCCUAAUGACAGUCCACUUAGUCCACUCAACCCACUCAGCCAAGACCACCUCAACAACAACAACAAGUCUUCAAACAGCGCCAGGGCUGAACCUGAAGAGCGUGUUUGCAUUUUCUUCACCCCGCUUUUGGACUGUGUGGGCUCAGGAGCAUCCCACAGGCAUUUUAAUGCGCCUGCAGUGCCGCUGAUUACAGAGUUUAGAUGGACAGACAGGUAGUUUUCAAAGGCUACAAUACCCCAAUGAUCCUGUGUGUGUUCACCACAGGGCAGGAUGGAACGUGUCCCGGACUCCAUUUGUCUUUGUGUUAACAGCAGCUGUGGUUUACUUACCUUAUAUUUAGUCUUUGCUGACUGUCUGGGUCUCUGGAGUUUGGCUGUAGGAGCUGUGAUUUCCAUCUCGAGAGCCUUCUAGGUCUGAACACACUGAGCUCUGUGUGCUUGUGUGUUUAUUUUCAGGAAAGGUUGAUGGGGGCUUGGGUACUAAAGGCUUAGGUCAUCAUAACUUAGACAAUGAUCUUGUGAAUGCAUCUUUUAAAAAGAAGGAGGGCAAUAUAAAACAAUGUAGACCUUUGAUAGACUCUUGAGAUAAUAGAAUUUUGAGAGGAGACACAGAGAGGAACCUUGAAGACGAGUUCAAAUAGAGUUUGAUAAAC